AUGGUAUUCUUUAAAAAUGUGUAUAUUGCUCUUAAAAUAGCCCAUGAUGAGACUUAUGUUGAUACGCACUCCGACAUUCAGGAUUUUGAAGUCCUGGAUUUUCCGGAAAAGCGCAUCUUGAAAGGUGAUUGUCCAUCCCCUCCAAAUAUACCAAACACAAGCCCAGUUGCUGAGACAUCUGGAACCACAGGACAAGAAAUUGUUUACACAUGUGAUCGUAGUACUGGUUAUUAUGAAAUUCCUGGCAAAAGUACAACCAUUACCUGUCAAGCUGAUGGCACUUGGACAGUUAUUGAAGAAUUCUGCACAAGAGGUUGUGGUGUCCUGCCUCGAUUUUCGGAAGCGUUGCCUACAGAUGAUGCUCUUAAUCGGAAUAUAUAUCUUCCUAAUGUAACAGUGACCUAUAACUGUAGGCCUGGCUUUGUACGAAUUCCUGGCUUGAUGAGGUUAAUAACCUGCCUAGAGAACUAUACAUGGUCUACUCCUGACCCAUUCUGCCAGCGCAGAUCAUGUGGUAACCCAGGAGAAAUAGAAAAUGGAGAAAUGGAGACUGCUGACAUGCUUUUUGGAUCCAGAGUGACCUAUACAUGUAAUGCAGGGUAUCGUAUGCAAAGCAGACGCAAUUACAGGGACUGCCAAGCAGAUGGAACUUGGAGCAAUGCUGCUCCUCAAUGUGAUGUGGUAAUAUGUGAAGCACCAAAUGUACUAAGUGAUAUAACAAUUGAACCACAAAAGGACGAGUACAAUUAUUUGGAUUCUGUAAGCUUUUCCUGCCGGAAGCCUUUAGAAAUUGCGGGUAAUGCAUCAGUACACUGUACAGCAGAUGGGACUUGGAGUUCUGAUUUUCCCACAUGCAAAGCUGUAAAUUGCCCUGAUCCUCAUGUGCCAAAUUCAAAAAGAGAGUCUGGAUUUGUUGGUCCAUAUGGACUGAAUUCAGCUAUAACGUUUAAGUGUAAAGAAGACUUUGUUCUGAAGGGAUCCAGUACAAUCACAUGCAACAUUGAUAGUCAGUGGGAAACCGGAAUUCCUGAGUGUAAAAAGGUAUCAUGUGGAGAUCUUGGCACUCUAGCAAAUGGUCUGAUAACUUAUCAAAGUACGGUGUUAGGCGCAACAGCCACUUACAAAUGCAACAAAGGACUGGAGGAUCUGAGCAAACCAAAGUAA